AUGGGUUUAUGGGAAGCUCUUCUCAAUUGGCUUCGAAGCCUCUUCUUCAAGCAGGAAAUGGAGCUCUCUUUGAUAGGGCUCCAGAACGCUGGAAAAACUUCACUCGUAAACGUUGUUGCUACUGGUGGAUAUAGCGAAGACAUGAUCCCUACGGUGGGAUUUAAUAUGAGGAAAGUAACAAAAGGAAACGUGACCAUAAAACUAUGGGAUCUUGGAGGUCAACCACGAUUUCGUAGCAUGUGGGAGAGAUAUUGUCGUGCAGUUUCCGCCAUUGUUUAUGUUGUUGAUGCAGCCGAUCAUGAAAAUCUGAGCAUUUCAAAAAGUGAACUUCAUGAUCUGAUUAACAAACCAGCCUUGAGUGGGAUUCCUUUACUUGUUCUUGGAAACAAGAUUGAUAAGACUGGUGCGCUCUCCAAGGAGGCGUUGACCGAUCAAAUGGGGUUGAGAUCGAUUGGUGAAAGAGAAGUGUGUUGCUUUAUGAUUUCUUGCAAGAACUCGACGAAUAUAGAUUCGGUGAUUGAUUGGCUUAUAAAGCAUUCAAAAUCUAAAAGUUGAAGAAGAUGAUGAUAAAGAAAGGGGAAUGUUUUCCUGAAGACGGAUGGGAUUUUUGGUGGUGAUUUGGUUUGCAUAGUUGAUUUAUUAUUACACUCUAUUUUGUUCUUGAUUGAUGUGUAUAACUUCUAUGUUCUAGAGGAAGAGUAAACUCUACGGUUUUAGUAAUUUUUAACUCUUGAGACUUGAGUAUGGUUUGUUUUCUUGAAUCUUGUUUUUCUUUUAUUGUGUCA